AUGAACACGGUCAAGACACAUGGUGAUACCCUGAAGGUUUUAGAGAAACACUCAAAUAAAAGUAUUUAUACUUUUAUCCAGGGCCAACAUCAUGGCGUAGAUAUCCAAGAUUUUGUGCCGCUUCCAUUUGAAGGACAGUACAGCGAGGAUGAAAUGUAUCCUGCCGACUAUGGUGAUGUGUUCCUUUCCUUGAAGCACAGUGGAAAACUUGAUGUAUUAUUGUCACAGGGUAAGGAAUAUAUGCUUGUGCUGAAUCCCGACAAUAUUUCUGAUGCUGUUGACCCAAAAAUCUUAAAUCAUUUGAUCCAAAGCAAUAUUGAGUACUGCAUGGAGGUAAUACCCACCUCAUUAUCUAAUCCAGAAGAAAGUGACCUUCAAUCCGGCAAAGAGAAUUUUCAGUCGAAGGGGAAUUUGAAACUUACUGACAAAAUGUGGAUGAGCAUGAAGUCCAUUGAACAGCUUUUAGAAAGAAUUGCCCUGAAGAAGGAGAAAUAUCCUAUGUCAAAGUUCUUUGACCGCGCUAUUGGUAUAAGCGUUCCCCAUUCUCGAUAUCUUCCAGUGAAGGCAACAUCUGAUUUAUUACUUCUCCAGUCAGAUCUUUUCACACUCAGUGAAGGCACUCUAAGCAGAAACAGUGCUAGAGCCAAUCCUAUCAAUCCUUCUAUUGUAUUAGGACCUGAAUUUGAAAAGGUUAGUGAUUUCCAUAGUCGUUUCAAGUCCAUCCCUAGCAUUAUUGAGCUUGAUAGCUUGAAGGUGGCUGGUGAUGUUUGGUUUGGAACUGGCAUAACUCUCAAGGGUAAAGUUAGUAUUGUUGCAAGACCUGGGAUGAAAAUAGUAGUUCCUGAUGGAGUAGUGCUGCAAAAUAAGCUGAUCAAUGGUCCUGGGGAUAUUUGA